UUGUUUAUCGUGAACCAUCGUCAUGCCUAGAGAACGCGAUCCUCUCGUUGUUGGUCGUGUCGUAGGGGAUGUAUUGGACCCAUUCACAAGAACUAUUGGCCUAAGAGUUAUAUAUAGGGAUAGAGAAGUUAAUAAUGGCUGUGAGCUUAGGCCUUCCCAACUUGUUAACCAGCCAAGGGUUGAAGUUGGAGGAGAUGACCUACGUACCUUUUUCACUUUGGUUAUGGUGGACCCUGAUGCUCCAAGUCCGAGUGAUCCAAAUCUGAGAGAAUACCUUCACUGGUUGGUAACUGAUAUUCCAGCUACCACAGGUUCAAGUUUUGGGCAAGAAAUAGUGAGCUAUGAAAGUCCAAGACCAUCAAUGGGAAUACAUCGAUUUGUAUUUGUAUUGUUCAGACAAUUAGGUCGACAAACAGUGUAUGCUCCAGGAUGGCGUCAGAAUUUCAAUACAAGAGAUUUUGCUGAACUCUAUAAUCUUGGUUUACCUGUUGCUGCUGUCUACUUUAAUUGUCAAAGAGAGACUGGCAGUGGUGGACGUAGAAGGUCUGCUGAUUGAU